UCUGUGCUAGAGUCCGCUCGUUCACCUCGACAGGAUCAGCAAUUAAAAUUUAUCUUUCAGUUUCUAUUCUUGGUCAUGGAUGAUUUUGUGCGAAACAAACUGACUGAAUGGAAACUAAGUGACUGGAUUGAUGCAUUUGAAGCUCAAGAAAUUGAUGAGGAAAGUCUGUAUCAUCUCAAUGAUCAGGAAAUUGAUCAAUUGAUCACAAAAGCUGGACCUAGAGUAAAAUUCAAGGAAAAACUAAAGAUGUUAAAGGAAGAGCAAAAUACAACCCAACCACAAAAAGAAGCAGUCAAUACUUCUGGUCAAGAUUUUCCAUCCAUAAGUGAAAGAGGAAAGAGAAAGUCAGAUCAUCUUCAGAGUGAGACCAGAAAAUGGCAACCACCUCUUAAAAAACAAUACAACUGUGCAGCAAGAUCACAGUCAGAAACAGAAAUACUGUCUGAUGUCAAAAACAUAAUGAGAUGUGUCAGUGAAGGACUACAUGGCCGUGACAAGCUCAGUGCUUUCCUAAAAGAUAAAAUCAAGAAUUUAGAGACAGAAAGGAGACACCUGGUUGGUGUCUUUGGUAAAACUGGGGCUGGAAAGAGCUCUUUAAUCAAUGCCAUCAUAAAUAAGGAGGGCCUGUUGCCUUCUGGAAGUGUCAGUGCAUGUACCUCAGUGAUGAUAAAGGUGGAGGCUACCAAUGGAUCAAAGUAUGAGGCACACAUCGAGUUCAUUACAAAAGAGGAUUGGGAAGAUGAGGUGCAGUCACUAAAACAGGCUCUUGAAGACAAUGACGACAACGAUGAUGAUGAUGGUGGUAAUGAUGAUUUACUUGAUCCUGACGGAAAGUUAUCAGCGCUGUAUGGAGAAGAGUGGAAAGAAAGAUCCACUCACAGCCUCAUGGACAACAAAUAUUUCAUAGAUAUUCCAGAGUUUCGAACAUCCAAGAUAAAAAUUUUGAAAAGUGACUCAGUGGGAGAGGUAGAGGUGAAGUGCAGUGAAAAGAGCAUCCUUGGUCGUUCUGUUCGGCCAGUAUGCAAACUGCAGUGGGUCCAAAAGAAAAUCAAGAAUGCAGUGAAGAAUGAAUUCAAAAAGCGGAAAACGAUUACGAAUCACUUCAGUGAGCAUUGUUUCAAAGUCUUCACAGUGAGCUCCAAAGAGUUCCUCAAAGGGGAGAAUGUAAAUUCAGAUGUCAAUGAAAUACUGAAACUCAAGGAAAUUUUGAAAAAUCUGAAUGAUGCUCAUUCAGAGACAUUAAACUAUGUGUCUGGAGCUCACGGGAUUCUGUCUUUGAUUCAAGGGGCCAGAAGUGGAGAAGUGGUUGAACAAAAAAAUGAUGUGUUUGCAAUCCUUGAGGGAAACUUGAGCAUCCAACUUAAUCAAGUCAAAAAAGCAAUUGAAGACAUUAUAAAAGCUUUUGAACAAUGCCUAAGUGAGGGAGUUGAAAAAUCCAAAAAAGCAUGUGAAAAAAAACUGAAGUCCUUCUUAUACCCUAGUAAAAAAACAAACAGAGCUUUUCACAUGACACUAAAGUCUGCAGUUAGGAAUGAUGGCAUCCAGAAACCAAAAAAAGGAAAACCUAAAAACCUCAACAUGAUAUUAGCGUCUUAUUUGACUGAAAGCAUUGAUGAAAAAUUCAGAGAUACCUUCCCAAACAACAUAAAAUGUGGACAUUUCAAUGGAGCCAUCGAUGCGUUUUCACUCAGCACUGAUUCACUGAUUGAAAAGUACAAAGAUGUCAAACUGCAACUGACAUUUCUCCAGACAGAGGGGGAAAAAAUGAAGACAAAGCUCAACAAAACCAUCCUCACACAAAAGAAAUUAAUCUACAACAGUUUGACAGAGACAAUCAAGGACAACAUGAAAGAAUGCUAUAAAGAAGCAGCAGCAUUUACAGGAAAAGGCACCCUGAAGAACAUGAGGGACACUAUUGAGAGACAUGUGCACUCAAAGAUGGACAUGUUUGAGGAAGCAAAAAAUGUCAUGUUGGAGCUCUUGAACGAUUUGAAGGAAACUGUCCUGAGGACACUGGAGAAAACCAUGAAGGAUUCCAUUGAACACUCACUUAAGUCGGAGGCCUGCUCACUGCCAGGUAAACAGAAUAUAUAA